CCCUUUCAUGCGUUGCUCAUCGCUUACUACUCUGUUAGCGCGUUUAAGUGUCGUCCACGGCCACGUCUGCCCGUAGACCGUCAGGCACAAACUCGGUUCAUAGUCACCGUGAUGCAUGAGGAUCAGAUCAGGUGCUUGAUAGAUCAUCGAGUUAACCAGUCCAUGCUUUGGAGCCUGAUGUAGCCACCGCCUCCGCGACAUAUGUGAUUUCUUCCAGCCUAUAUUAUAAGCCAGUGCAGGAAGAUGAACGCACUUGCUACCCCCGAGUCUUUGGCAUGGAGACACUACUGCUCGGCGGCCUUGUAGCUGCCCUCGUUGUGCUAUCAGGCUGCUAUAUUCGGAGAAGACGACACUGUUUCCCUCCUGGCCCAAAGGGACUACCGAUUGUUGGGAAUAUGUUGGAUAUCCCUCGCAAUGGCCGCGGAUGGUUGACGUACGAGCAGUGGGGCCGCGAAUACAAUUCGGACGUCGUCUACCUGCGCCUUUUUGGUAUCUCCGUGGUUGUUCUCAAUUCGGCUAAAGCAACGUCUGAGCUGCUUGCAAAACGGUCGUCCAUAUAUUCUGACAGGCAGCACUUAGCCAUGCUUCACGACUUCGUCGGCUGGGGCAAGGCCCUUGUCUUCUCAAGCUAUGGCGAUGACUGGCGGGAGCAUCACCGUCUCUUCCACCACUGCUUCCACAGCCGAGCGACUCAAAAUUACCACCCCAAGAUGUCAAAGGAGGCCAGAAAGCUCCUCCAUCGCCUCCUCGCCACCGACGACUUCAUAAAAAGUUUUCGUGUAUGGACCGCGGCAGUGAUAUUGGGCGUCACGUAUGGGAUGGAAAUCAAAGACCACGAUGACCCGUAUGUGCUUCUAGCAGAAAAGGCCAUACGUUCGAUAGUGGCAGUCGCCAUGCCGGGGUCGUACAUGGUUGACUAUAUGCCGUUUAUGCGUUACAUACCGUCGUGGGCUCCUGGAGGUCAGUUCAAACGAGAGGCGGCGGAAUGGAACAAGAUUGUCUCUGCCAUGUAUACCAAGCCACUUGAGUUUGUUAAGAGAACUCUGAAGCAAGGAACUGCGCCAGCCUCCAUUGCCACAACGUUGCUAGAUAAGCUCGACGGAAGUGAAGACAACUCGAGGCGCGAGCGCCUCAUCCGUAACGUUACGGGAUCAGCGUACGUUGCCGCUGCUGACACGACGGUUUCGGCCCUUGGGACAUUCAUACUCGCCAUGCUCACGAAUCCUGCUAUACAGAAAGCAGCUCAGGAACAGAUCGACCGUGUCGUCGGACGCCACUGCGUCCCAGAGUUUGUAGAUCGCAAUUUCUUGCCCUACAUCACUGCAAUCCUCUAUGAGGUCCUCAGGUGGCGGCCCGUGGCUCCAUUAGGCGUUCCACACCGACUGGUGGUGGAUGACGAAUACAACGGUUACCAUAUUCCAGCGGGUGCCGUAGUGGUUGGCAAUGCAUGGGCAAUCCUCCAUGAUCCAGUGCGCUUCCCAAAUCCUGAGACGUUUGACCCCACACGCUGGCUCAUACCGUCCGGACACCUCAGUGAAACGAUGUCGGAUGCAAUGGCCGCCUUCGGCUUCGGCAGGCGCAUUUGUCCUGGGAGGCACUUUGCCAUGGAGUCUAUGUGGAUAGCGAUGGCACAUAUUCUGGCGGUGUAUAAUAUCGAGAAACCUGUCGACGACUUUGGGAGAGUUAUUGAGCCAAGUGGGGAUUAUACAUCCGGGUUCCUCACUUACCCGUUACCAUUCAAAGCGGUCUUCAAGCCUCGGUCCGCGGCCGCCCUCGACCUCAUUCAGUUGGAAUAUGACGAUUGACCCGUCGCGUACACUGUCAUCGACUGAAAGAGCAGCUAUACUAUCCACAUACUCCAUGGACGAAACCCUAUCACACAUUGAUAAUGUCCUAGCUACUACUGAUAUCGCUAUUUAUUGUCUCUUUCGAGAAUUGCUGUUGCACUCGCCGAUAGUGCCCCAUCUCCGCCUGACUGACGCUGGGUACCAGAUUGCGUAGCGCCUCAUCGAAGUCCGCUUGCGUGACGAGCACCUCGAUGUCCUCGUGCAUCGCUAUCUCCGCCAAGUAGUACUGAGGCGUCAACGGCCGAGGAUGUUUCGAAUCCACGAUGUCCUCGUUGAGUCGGGCUAUCUUUGAAUCAAGCUCUUCAGCCUUGCGUGACAUCGCUUUGAGCAGCGCAUCAGAACAAAGGGCGUAAAGGUCCGCUCCGGUGUAGUGAAAUGGACACGCCUCGGAGACACUCUCGAGAUUCAGAUCCGGGUGCAGCUUGAAUUUGCGCGUGAGUGCCUGCAGGAUAUUAAGCUGCGCCUCGUGUGUCUGAGAUACACCGAGAUAGAGCAUACGAUCAAACCGUCCCGGACGCAGUAAUGCGGAAUCCAGCAAAUCGGGCCUAUUUGUUGCCCCAAUGACAAACACGUCUGCCCCUGCCUCACCACCCGCAAUACCAUCUAGCUCCGCCAAUAGCUGACUAACAAUGCGGUCCAUGACACCACCUGAGUCGCCAUGGUUACCACGCUUGGGUGCGACACUGUCGAGCUCGUCGAAGAAAAUUACACACGGCUUCGCGUCGCGAGCCCGUUGAAAGACCCGACGGACAUUCGCUUCGCUCUCACCAAUGUACAUAUUGAGCAGUUCGGGACCUUUCACGCUGAAGAAAUUGAGUGCGCACGAAGUAGCGACUGCCUUUGCGAGGAGUGUCUUGCCGGUACCAGGUGGGCCGUAGAGUAGGAUGCCGGAGCGUUUCUUCAUUCCACCGGCAAAUAGUUCUGGGAGCUCGAGUGGAAGUUGGAUGGUAUCGAGAAUGUCCGCCUUCACGUGUGCGAGACCACCGACAUCGUCCCAUGUCACAUUAGGAAUUUUAGGCGCGCCAAUGCUCUCCGAGUACGACCUUCGCGCCUUGGCCAGGGCAGUCUCAAGGUCGUGUACAUUCAGGCUAACGCCCGCGGCGUAUAGUGCAAGGGCGCUGAAAGAGGAGGCGGGCGCAGCGCGUGCCAGGUAUACUUGUUCACUGCGAGCCACAAGGUCGGCGAGAUCAGAGGGAACCAGGGCCGCAGUUUGAACGGCCAAAUCGUGCAAAGAUACAUCUGGUGCGAGCGACGUUUGGGACAAUAACGAUCGUAACACGUUAUCACGCUCUGCUUCGUCUGGUGCCCCGAAUUGGACCUGAUGCUUAAAGCAUGAGAUGAGCUUUGAUGAGGUCUGUUCGUGGUGGUCCGUGGUGGCAACCACUACCGUCGGGUAUCCUGACAGAUUCCAUGCUUGUUGAAGCGACUCAGUGCAUUCCGUAAUGACAUCCGCAAAUAUGAGUCCUAGUCAUUUCAGUUCAGAAAGGAUCAAAGCGAAACUAGAGCAGCGAGACACCUUUUCCAGCUUCUGAAGGCUGUGUUGUUUGGCUCAGAGCGUCGACGUGCCGGAGCACAAGAACGCAAGGCGCACACGAGGCAGCCUUUUCGAACCGUAUGCGCAACGUUCCCUCCGUUUGGACGUCGUUCUCGCCUAUCAAACGGUAGCAAUUAACCUCAAGAAUGUGUAAGCCCAGCUGGGCUGCAACAGCUCGGAUAGUGGACAUCUUGCCACUACCGCGCACGCCCUCCAGCAACACUGAAAGCUGCAACCGGUAACCGGCCGCGCCCUGUGUUAAGGCCGCAGCAAUGAGCGUGCGUAGCUUCUUGAAGGGUGUAGUUUCUGUGUGCUUAAGAGAUUCUACGCCCUGCAGAACGGGUAUCCGGGAUUGCUCAAUCCCGGUUUGUAUGAUCUGUGUCUGAGAAUGGUCUACCCAGCAACCCCAUUCACCAAGCUGUGAGCCGCAAAAACCAUCGAGUGGGACGUCGGCAGGGAUGCUGUGCUCAAUAUUUGUGAUUUUGAAGUAGACUAGCUCAUUUGGCACGUCCAUUACGUCAUGGAGAUAUGCUACGUCUACGUCUUCAGAAUCUUGAACGCUUUCAUCAGACUGACCAAACGUCCAUGUCUGGCGUACAUCAUCCGUGUUCAGCGGAAGUGCAAUAAUAUCACCUUGCUUCACAAGCCGACGCCGUGGCAAAAAGUACCGGUGCAAAGCUUGCAAGAAGCUGUUCUGAUACCCGCGGUCGGUUGAUAUCGGCGACGAGACUCUCGCGAUGGUGACGGUGUUUGCAAGCGGUAUUGGCGGUGUAUUGGAACCAAAUGGUGUCGGGCGAAGGAAAACUUCGGGCGCGACUAGUUUCAAAGUCAUUUGUGCGACGUUAUGUAUGAGUGUCGGGGUAGCAUAGAUGAAGCCGGACGGCACCUGGCGAGACUCGUUGGCCAGCAAUCGAACCAAUCGUUGACUGCGCUCACUGCGCGAUCCAACUAGCACCCAGUCGCCGUUUAGUGCACCAAUUCGGCUCAGGUCAUGGGGUGACGCAUACACAGCACAUUCGUCGUCGAAGCAGCUGUGAGGAGCAGGCGAUAAAAACCAAUGCCAUCCUUCAGGUGAGACGUGACUUUGAGAUACGGGUGAGAUGAUGGCGUUGCCGAGAAAUGACUCAUCAAUCUCAAGCCGCUCUUCCUCGUCAACUGGGGACGGUGCUUGGCGUGGGCUUAUGGCCAGUGCAGCGUCCGGAGCUAUGAUGGAGAGCAGCGUGAAUCCUUCCUUUAAGAACCCCUGCUGCACCGGUCCAGUAAGCUUCACGAGGUAUUCAUGAGGGCCAUUAGGGGUUAUCGCUGGCUCCAGCACAUCCCUAUCAUCGAUUGUAGAUUGUACUGAAGUGGGGAAGGCAUAUAUGUCUCCCUGACGGAGGGUAUUAGAGGAGAGCCAAACGAAAAAGCUGGUCGCGUCGCGUCUGGCGAAAUCAUAUGCGUCGGGCGAAAGAGCUUGGAAAAUGACUUCAUGGAGGCAUAUUCGAGCUGUCUCUGGAUUGUCA